AUGAAAGUCUUUUGGCGCCAAGAUCAGGAAAAGAUAGGGUAUGGGACUGCUGGGUAUAGGGGUGAUUGGGAAAAGGUUGCUGAUAUUGUGACUAGGGCUUAUUUAGUUUGUGCUAUGCGCUCGGCGUCUGUAGGGAGGCCGAUAGGUCUGAUGUUGACGGCAUCGCACAAUCCGGCUAAGGAUAAUGGAAUUAAGUAUGUUGAUUAUGAUGGGAAUAUGUUUGCCGUAGAAUGGGAACAGAUAAGUAAUCGGGUAGUGAAUGCCACGAACGAUGAACUCUUGGAGGAGAUCAAGAAGUAUCCAUUGGUAGGUAGUGUGGUUUAUAUUGCCAGGGAUACACGAGAGAGUGGAGUAAGUAUGGUUGAGAAGUGUUUGGCGGCCAGCCGGGCACUACAGGCUGAAGAAGGACUGGGGGAGCAGGUUCUGCUUGAUUUAGGCGUGUGCACAACUCCGGAAGUUCACUUUCUGCUCAGAGAAUUACACGGACAAGGUUUGGAUAAUCGGAGUUAUCCUAAGGGCGAGGAGUUAGACCGGAUCCGAAACUUGUACUUCACACGUGUUGAGCGGUUUGCCCAGAUUAUCGAGCAUAUAUUUGGCAAAGAAGGACGAAUCCAGCGGGUGCUAGAUAGUGCUAAUGGAGUUGGCCGCGAGAAGUUUAAGGCGAUUAAGGCGGCUUUGCGUCGCACAACUGACUUGUUACUACUGGAGAAUGAUAAAGACUUAAACGAAGAGUGUGGAUCGGAUUACAUUAAAAGUAAGCAUGAACGGCCAGCCGGGGUUUUAAGUAAGGAAGCUGAAGUUGAAAUCAAAACCAGCGACGGUCUGGUUUCAGGCAAAACUCUCAUCUGUGCUUUUGAUGGCGAUGCCGAUCGAAUAGUUUAUUUAAGACCAGAUACGAAUGAGAUUUUAGACGGCGACAGAUUGUGCGUACUCUUUUCAUCGUUUCUCAACCACUUACUAGCUAUUACACAAGAGACUUUAGUUCUAACUUCAGUUGUAACAGAUUACUCCAAUGGUGCAGCUAUGGAAGAGUUAAAAUCCCAAGGCGAUUUAAAGAUAGCUGCUACUGGGGUCAAAAACAUGCAGAAAGAGGCCUGUAAGCACCCAAUCUCGGUUUGGUUUGAAAGUAACGGCCAUGGCACUAUCUUUUUCUCAAACGAAACCAAAAAGUACUUCCAAAACAAGAUCAGAUACAGAAAAAGCACCAACAUUCUUGACCUUUCUGAGACAGACUUAGCUAACGAAAUCGAAGCACUUCUUUCCCAAACCACUCCCGAACUAUCAGGACACAAUCCCGACAAAACAUCACCAUACAAUGAAACCUUCCAACUACUAUCCAAAAACGAAGCUUACCUCCUACUCCACAGCCUAGGCUCCUUAUUUGACCCCUUUAUUGGAGACGCCAUUGUAAAUAUGUGUUUAGCCGAAAGCAUUUUCUAUAGCCAGUUCAUUUUGCCUACUAUCCUUCUCAGUCUUUACAAAGACCUUCCAAAUGUUCUGAUCGGACUAACAGGCAACAAAGAGUUACUUACUGAUGUCCUUCUCGAAAGCAUCAAGCAAAAGUACGGCGACCUCCGCAUCCACUUAAGAGCUUCAGGAACCGAAGACAUCAUUCGCAUCUAUGCCGAAGGUCCUGUUCUGGCCCAGGUUGAAACCGCCAUCAAAGAAAUU